CACACACACACACGGGCGCGCGCGCACUGAACACAUCGGGAGACUGAGCUCCAGUGCCUGUGAUGCUCUUCAUCAAACUGGAUCGGAACCGAAGAUGAAUCCCGCGUGCGCGCGCUGCGCGAGAACCGUGUACCCGACGGAGAAGAUCAGCUGCCUCGACAAGAACUGGCACAAAGGCUGUUUCCACUGUGAAGUGUGUAAGAUGACGCUCAACAUGAAGAACUACAAAGGCUACGACAAGAAGCCCUACUGUAACGCUCACUAUCCCAAGACGUCGUUCACCAUCGUCACAGACACACCGGAGAACCUGCGUCUCAAACAGCAGAGCGAGUUACAGAGUCAGGUGAGAUAUAAGCGGGACUUUGAGGAGAGUAAAGGCCGAGGCUUCAGUAUCGUCUCAGACACACCGGAGCUGCAGAGACUCAGGAGAACACAAGAACACAUCAGUAACGUAUGAAACACUGAUUAUACUGUG